CUGUUGCUGUCUUCCUUCCUCGUGGUUUAGAUGCUCGCCGCCUGGUUUCGUUUAUUUAAAGACGUAAAGGUUUUAAUGUUCCACAUUAUUCAAAUUAGCAGCUCUUUAGCGAAUUAUUCUAACCUUCAGGAGGGGCCGAUUCGUCGAAUUACAUAAGAACACCUGAUUGCUGAUCGCGUCAAACAAACAGCGCUCCUGUCAACUUUUCAUCAUGUGGCCACCGCGGUAGCCCGUGUUAUCUCAAUCCGAUGAACCCUGCCUCACCCGUCUCUUUACCUCCUCUCUGCCAGUUUCCUCGAUGUUCCAGAGCUUCACAGAGGGCGAGCUUCAGCACGUGGUGGAAACGUUGCUUGACAGGAAGAGAAGGAAGAGCCUGGGCGACAACCAGGCCCGCAGGACUAAAAGAGCCCGGAGGCCCAAGUCCUGCUCUCUGAGGCAGCUGGAGCUGACCGUGACCGAACUGGGUUUCGGCUACGAGAGCGACGAGACGGUGGUGCUGCGCUACUGCAGCGGCAAAUGCACGGCCCACCGGAAGAACUACGACCUCGCCAUGAAGCACAUGAUGCAGACGGGCUUCAGGCUGAAGGGCCGCAGGGACAAGGUGAGCAACGGGCCGUGCUGCCGGCCCACCGCCUUCGAGAAGAACAUUUCCUUCUUGGACAACAAGAACCGAUAUCAAACGCUGCAAAAUGUCUCCGCAACGAACUGUGGGUGCGUAUGACCGCUGCUCUCUGCCUGCGCUCUGGAGAGUUGAGCACGGAAGACAAACUGUGGAAUAUUAACCCGAGGAAGCGAGGGAAGGACGGGAGUUUGUCUCCGGCCGCUGGCAGGCAGACUUGACUCAUUUCGGUCUGUCCGUGCAAAUCGCAGCCGGAGAGACACAGAAAAUGACUUUUUGUUAUCUUUUCUAUCUGUCUAGUAACACUGUAAACUGUGGUGCAACAACAAUGUAGCAACGUGGGGUUUGUGAUGUUACAUUGUAGUGGUAGUAGGCUACACUACACAUCUACAUAGACGAGCGACUAGACUGUUACUACACUUUCUGUCCUCGCGUCCGACUCUUUACAGGAUGUAAAUAGUGACUGAACAUCACCUGCGAUUACAAAGCCACACAUAAUAAAUCUACCUUUACUUUAGGUUCUCGGAUGUCGGACCAUCAACCUAAAACCAAGUCCAGUAAAUCAGCUGUCUCCAGAAAGUGUGUUUCUCAAAGGUGUGUUGAGUCGUCACCAGGGGUCACUGCUCUGUGACCUGUGUGCGUGCUCGUAUUGCCGUUACUGAUUGCAGUGUUAUUACACAGGUAAAAGAGUGACAUUGAUAAGAGUUUGACGAGGAAAGAAAAUCCUUUUCUAUGGCUGCAGGUAUGAGAGCCACCUUUAAUUAUUGUGUAUAUUGAUGUUUAAAACACAUAAAUACCGUCUCACUUAAGUAACAGAAUACGGAAAUGGAUCCCAUCUGCUCUACAGAAGAAUAACUUAUGACACACAAAGACAAUGUCAUUUUGAGUCGUUUUAUACUUUCCCCAAAUAACCCAUUAUUGUAAUUACCCACAAUCCUCUGGAAUUAUGUGAAUUCGACGCGGUUGGCGAAUUCUCAAACUUCUCACACACAUCUGCUGUCUCGAGUUCCAGGUGAUGCAAACGCAUUGAAACUGUGAUCUGGGGGUAAUUUAUGAACGUUUACACUUUUAGCUCAAGCUGAGGCUCAAGUGUGAAAGUGAAAAAUGGUUUUGGUGAUAUGUAGUGGCAUGUUGUUUUUCUCUCCGACAGAAAACUAUGACCUAGAGUCUAGAUCUGGAAAUGUGUUUGCACCCAUCCAUAAAUCCCCGCCUGCAGAACAGCCUUCUGGCCCAGCAAACGCCUCCUCAUUGAUUUGCCUGGUAGAAGUUUAGGGGAACGUAAGCUGUUUGAGUGAAUUGUGAAGCAUCUUUUUCACCUUUCACCAAUCUUUAUUUGGUUUGACCCAUUGAAACUGAAGUACAAUAAAUUAUGUUUUUAUUUAGUUUUUCUAGAGGAGUUGCAGUGUUGGGGGUGGAUGCGGUGCAUCUUUAUUGUAGUUUAUAUUGUAUUUAUUUGGAAAGUAAAUUAUGGUCUUGCAUAUUUAUUUAGCUUACCACACAGAAACGGGACAGCUUAUUAUCAUUAAGCAACUGUGCCAAAAAAUUGUUUAUCCAAUAUUGUAUAUUGACUGCUGAAUAAACAUAAUUUCAGAGGUAUGGAUUUCUCCUCGACGAUCAAUCUUUGGGCGUUGAAUAUUCUGUGCUAAUAUCUUAUUUCCAACAAUGUAAUACAUCAAUUAAAAAAUAAAACUCUUAAAAUGCAA